AUGAAUGCCCGGCCGUGCGGACUUGUCGUGCUCGCGUACGGCGAUUCGGUGGUCGCGACCCUCCGCUCACGCGCGCGCGUCGCCGACCUCGCCGUCGCUGACGACCUCGCCACCGCCGCGCGCCUCCUCGUCGUGCUGCUGGACGUGACGGCGGCGGGGGCGGUCGAGGAGGCGUUCGCGGCCGCGCUCGCGCGGUUCGGGCGCGUUGACGUCGUCGUGAACAGCGCCACGCUCGGGAGCCCGCUCGGGGAGCUCGAGGCGGUGGCGGACGCGGACGCGCGCGGGAUGUUCGAGGCGAACGUGUGGGGCGCGCGCGCGCUCGAGGGCUUCACGGAGGCUCUCGCGGUCGAGAUCGACCCUGCGUGGAACAUCAACGGGGACACGCGGGCGGCGAUGGAAGCAGUGUGGAAGGUUGCACAGAUGGACAGCCCUCCCACAAGGCUUCCUCUGGGCAUGGCGACGCUCGCGGCGGUGAAGAGCAGGGGCGAGAUAUUGUUGAAGAGUGCAGAGGACACCGCGCACCUGUCGGAGGGGCUGGGUGUUUGA